AUGGGAGAUUUCAAUGAAGUCAGAAAUGAGUCUGAUAGGUUUGGUUCUCAAUUCAACCAUAUCCAUGUAAGAACUUUUAAUCAGUUUAUUGAGCAUAAUGAUUUAGUUGAUAUUCCUAUGGGCGAGCCUUGUUAUACAUGGAGUGAUAGAUGGGGAUCUAAGUUCUCAAAGCUUGAUCGGUUUUUGGUCUAUGAAGUUCUUAUGUUGCAUUUUCCUCACAUUAUGGUCUUGGUUCUGGAUAAAAAUAUCCCUAAUCAUCGUCUUGUUGUUUUAUUAGAGCACCGUGGGGAUUAUGGUUCGUCAACUUUUCAUAUUUUUCAUACUAGGUUUGAGAUGGAAGGUUUUGAUGAAGUGGUUCAUAAUUCUUGGAACUCCAAUGUCAUUGGGAACUUGAAUGAUAAUCCUUGGGUUAUUUUUAAGAAGAAGCUUCAAAUUCUUAAACCUAACCUAAGAUUAUGGAACUCUAGUGCUCGUGAUCGUUUGAUUAGUAAAAGGAAAAUUCUUCAAGAUAAAGUUGAAGAGAUUGACGCUUCUCUUAUGUUUGAUGGGGGUAGUGCUAAUCUUCGUGAACAAAGAGUUUCAGCUAUUAAACAACUGACAUACUUGGAUCAUCUCUCUAGAGUCGAGUUGGCGCAGAAAGUGAAAGUUUAG